UGCAGUGAGUCUGGCGGAUAGAGCUGCACAAAAAGAAUAGACAACUAGCUUUAGCGCCAGAUAGUAAAGACACAUAGUUUCCUUAAAUGUGUUUUCUAAGAUCGUUCGUUUCUAUAGGCGUGUUUUGCUGAUUUGCUUAAUGCAUUGCCAUCAAAAUGUUGGGACAUCAUUACCCAAACGUGGAAAAGACACAACUGGUCAGCUAUGUGGAAGAUUAUCUUGAGUGUGUGGAGUCUUUGCCUUUGGACAUACAGAGGAAUGUGUCAUUGUUACGGGAAAUUGAUACAAAGUACCAGGAGGUGCUGAGGGAGGUCGAUAGUGUGUAUGACAAGUACAAGAAGGAGACCGAUGGAAGCCAGAGAAAGCGCCUGCAAAUCCAGCUCCAGCGUGCCCUCAUCAGCAGCCAGGAGCUGGGGGACGAGAAGAUCCACGUGGUCACGCAGAUGAUGGAGCUGGUGGAGAACCGCUCCCGCCAGAUGGACUCCCACUCGCACUGCUUCCAGGAGCCCGCCGAGGCCGACAAAAGCGUGGAGAAGGUCAAGCAGGAGGCGGCACCCCCCGAGCGGUCUUCCGCCCGGCGGCCGCGUCGCCAGCGCAACAGCGAGAGCCGGGACUCCUGCCACGCGGCCAAUGGCGUGGAGGAGCAGGGCGAGGAGCCGCCACCCAAGGAGAAGAAGUCAAAGUCGGCCAAGAAGAAGAAGCGCUCCAAAGCCAAGCAGGAGCGCGAGAUGUCCCCCGUCGAGUUCACCAUCGACCCCAACGAGCCCACCUACUGCCUCUGCGACCAGGUCUCAUACGGCGAAAUGAUUGGCUGUGACAACGAACAGUGCCCCAUCGAGUGGUUCCACUUCUCCUGUGUCGGACUCACCUACAAGCCCAAGGGGAAGUGGUACUGUCCAAAGUGCAGAGGGGACAGCGAAAAGACAAUGGACAAAAGCAUUGAGAAAACUAAAAAGGAUAGAAGGUCUAGGUAG